AUGGCCAGACUUCAAUGCAUGAAGUUUCCAGAUAUUAUCUCCGAACAACCUCGAGAUGCGUUGGUGGUUGCUGCAUUUACCCUUUCUGUUCACAAUGGUGGAGAUAUGUCAGAAGCAGUGGACAUAACCAGGACUAUCACUAAACCACAUGACGGUAGCUUUCAUGAAUUAUUAGAACCGAAGAGUUUGGACUCUGAAGCAUAUAACAAAGAGGUUAAGGAUCUUGAGGCAUCUUUUAGGCUGGCACUCGAUCAUAUGACUGAUCAGCAAAUUGUCUCAGAGGCCAUGGCAGCGUACCCACAAGCACUGUUUCCUGAUCUGGUAUUUAUACCAUGGGGAUUAUCUUUGAGGGUCUCCCAGAUUUUCAGCUGUGUAAAAGUGGGUGGGAAGCUGGGAUUUGUGGCAAAGCAAGGCAGCAAGAUUGACUACGAGUCAUUAGCUCAGGGCAGCCUGCCAGAUGUUCGGCAUAUUUUUGCAAGAUUCGUGUUUGAUACCAUCUAUCCUCUUUAG